AAGGAUGAUUCUAGAUCAUUUGUAAUACUUUGGAAACAUAAAGCUUAAAAGCGUCUGAUUUUAAAGACAAGUUUGGGGGAUUUCCCAGCAUUCCGUAUAGCAGAUUCAGUUAGUAAUCUGUGCUCUGCAGUGCGGAAAACUGCGAUCAAAUUGCGAAAUAGUUGGUGCAAGGCGACGAUGUAGGGUUCAACAUUGUUCAAUUGCUGCCUUUUGCUCAUAUCUUGAAUAACCCUCUCUGUUCGAUCGAUCAAUCGAGAGAGAGAGAGAGAGAGAGCAGUAUUUCUACAGAUACACAGGAUCUUCUUCUGAGAUUCAUUUUUCUGGUCUUACUCUUCAUUCUGCCACCUGAAUAAACCUCUCUCUUGUUUCAGCCUGAAGAUUCCACAUAACAACAUUACCAGAGCCAUGAGUCAGGGCAAGAGGCUUCGACACUACCAGGAGGAGCUCGCUGCUCCAGGGCUUCAAGGCUAUAACUACAUCAUCUGCGCCCCUACGGGUUCGGGUAAAACGAUGACGGCUGCUUCGCUCUGCCAUCGUAGGAUGGUCGAACUGAAGAAACAAGGAGAGCGCUUUAAAGCCACCUUCAUCGUCCCGACACGCCAUCUGAAGGGUCAGCAACGCGAUGCAUUCUGGGAUAUCUUCAAGCCGACCUCGGCAGUGGCCGUCACGAAGACGAGCCAAUUCCGAAGAACCUUCGACAAUCCCAGCGUCCAUGUCCUCAUGAUCACCGCUCAGAUCCUGGUCAACGCGCUCCACAAUGGCCACUUCCGGUUCGAGGAGCUCUCGAUGCUGGUAUUUGACGAGUGUCAUCAUACGACGCAGAACCACCCUUACAACGAGAUCAUGAAGGUGUAUAUGCAAGAGAAGAAGCGGCUGAUUGAUAGGAAGAAGAGAGGAGCUUGGUUGGUUGGGCUGCCAUUUGGAGGUCUGCCUCAGAUAGUUGGUUUAACAGCAUCUCUUGGAACGGGUGGGUCAGCUGACGCAGUGAAACACGUCGUCAAUCUGUGCGCCAACCUGGACUGCACUGGUGUUGUAACAGUUACAGAUCCUUCCAACGUCAAAGAGCUGGAAGGUAUCAACAGACCCCCCGAGCUGGAUGAAAUAAUCUCUACCCCUCCCAGGGCGCCCUCAGAAAUCAGCACCUGCUUCUUGAAGACACUAAAGACUCUUAUGGUAGAUAUGGAGAAACGUUUCUUGAUUGGAAAGGCGGUCGGUGAUCCUUCCCGACCGUACGGAUCGAUCUUAUAUGAGACAUGGAUUGGGCAAAUAGCAUCCACAGCAGAACAGAAGAACAUGUCCCUCUUUAUUGCCGCGUCCUAUCUUCUGAAGCUAAACAUGGCCCUCCAAACCUACGAGGAUCUACCAGCCGGCUACGUUUUGCAUGCAUUAGAGGCUUUUAAGGAACAGAAGCGGCUCGAGUUUGACAUGAACAAGGCGGGAAAAGCGUGCAGAGAAAUGUAUGAAGACCGUGUGGCCAAGUUGAAGCAGCUGGCACGCAAGGAGGAUCCCCUGAGCACUCCUAAACUCAAAGAACUGGUUGACAAGCUGAAACAUGUAUUCACCACAAUACCAAAUUCGAGAGGCAUUGUACUUGCAAGGACACGGUUCGCUACCCGAGCCCUGUAUGACUUCAUCGGAUACCACUUCGGUUACUCGACAUCGAAGGUACGACCGACUCGGAUCGUCGGUCAGGGCAAAGAAAUGGAAGAUGCCCAAACUGCGGCAAAACAAGAAGCUGCGCUUAAUCAAUUCAGGACAGGCGAGGCCAAUCUCCUGAUCGCCACUGACAUCGUGCAGGAAGGCCUCGACGUCCCUGCCUGUAAUUUCAUCAUCCGGUACAACUUCGUCAGCAAUGAGAUCGGAACGGUGCAGUCGAAAGGACGAGCUAGAGCUCAAAAUUCACAGUGCUUCCUCCUUGUAGAAGAAGACUCCAUAAAUGAGAAGAGAGAACAUCAGAACAGGACAAGGGUAAGAGACAUGGACGCAGCAAUCAAGAAGAUCAACACCAUGGACAAAGAAACAUGGCUUGGCAAAGUCGGAGACAAACAACUUGAUAUGUUAGGAGUAAAGGGAACAAGUCAGAAAGCUACUUCAACACGGGCUUCAACAUCACGAUUGUCAUUAGCUCUCCGGCGAACUACCGCAAACCAUCCAUCUCGCUCUCUAUGCACGCACUGCAGAAAGUACGCACGAUCGGACGUCGACGCGCUGUAUGAUGAUGGUGAGGCUCCUAGCCAUGUUCAGAUGGCAGCAAGAAACAUGCUCUCGGACAGGGCGAGAAAACAAGCCGUGACGUCACUCUCUAGGAUGUCUGCAGGCCAGAGGCAAAGAGCAGAUUCUUGUCGUAACUGUGGUAGAACUGUCACCAGUCGAUGAUCUUCAGUCCAGGACCACGUGGGGCUCUAGAAUUUUACAGAAUGUGGGGAGGGGAGGGGGCUGCCACUCUUUAAAAAAGAGCAGAAUUUUGUGUACGCAAGUACAACCACGAGCGGCAUUCUUAAGGGACCUAGGCGCUUCAUAAACGACACCUAUCAACUAGGGAUGCAUAAUCGCCUGCGUGGGUAUUUCAGGUAUACCACUUGGGUUUUAAAAAGGUUACCCUCUCCCCCUCAUCCACCACUACUUCCAUCGUCCUUUUUUCAUAGAUGUGAC